AACUCUUCUAUGGAAUUACUUAGUACCAAAGAGUGGCGCCACUGUACAUUUCAUAGAAGGGUUCGAUAAUAUAUUGACGUUUGACAGUAGACUCACUUCAUUUGAAGAAAAAUCACCAACUCCUUUUUAAAGUAUAUGAAACAAAUAAUAACAUAUCCGUUGGGAAAAAUAUCAGUUUAAAUUGAUACAUAAAACAUUAAAAAAAAUUAAAAUUCUUUAAACACUUUUUGAACAUGUAAACGAGAAUUUUGUCAAGCGAAACAGUUGUAUGAUUGUUCCGAACGUGCUUUUUUGACAGCAAUCCAUUCAUCAAAUUGUGAAAUACAAGUGAUCAACAUUUGAAUCGGUGGAUUGAAUUGAAUUGAUUAAAAUGUUAAAGUUGCGUAGUUGUUUAAAAUCUAGCCAAUAUAUAAAUGGUAUUUUUCAAAGAUGGCACAGCACAGUUCUUCCGAGCCAAAAGCUGAAUGAAUCAUGCCUCAAUAAAGAGAAUCUCGAAGAUUUAAUGGCGAGACGACAAUCGGAGGCACUUCGUUCGAUAGUGGUGGAAGUGAAUAAAAAAGAUGUUUGCGGUCAAGUUUACAAUCAUUGUAAGCAGUUUGGAGAAAUAAAAAAUGCAUUUGUCCAUACAUUGAACGAUGCGCGAACUUUGAUGUUACUCGAAUACGAAGAUGCGGAUGCAGUUAAUGAAACUUUUAAAUUCAGUGGUUUUAAAGCGAAUACUGUACAGUGGCCAAAUCGAUUCUUAGCCCUUCGAAAUUCAAAACUGAAUCCAUUAUUAUCGGCCGAUGCACCACUACAAAUCACAAAUAAGGAUGGACCGUCGAUCACACACAUUCUACGAAAUGCCACAACAUUUGACGAACAAGUGCGCCUAUUGUAUCAGCACACUCAACUCACCGAUUUUUCGGUGCGAUUGAAGUUUCUCACAGCAUUGCAAGCGCAAAUUGUGACAAAUGAAUAUCUGGAUGACAUUUUUCCAAAUGCAAAAGUUUAUCCGUUUGGUUCGUCGGUGAAUGGGUUUGGGAAGAUGGGCUGCGAUCUGGAUAUGGUUCUUCAUUUUAAAAAAAAUAUUGACAGCAUAGAUGAAAACAGUGACAUGCCAUUGGCAUUUCAAGGGAACCAAUGUGAAAGUGCAGAAGAGAUAAGAAAAUUGGCGGGAUGCCAAGUAAGGUGCCUUGCUUCAAUGAUUGAUUAUCUAGUACCCGGAACCGAUGUAGUCACCCCAAUUGGUAAUGCUCGCGUACCAAUUGUACGUUACAACGAUACAAACAUUGACAACAGCGUUGAUUUGUCGGUUAAUAAUAUGGAUAGCUUCCACAUAACGGAAUUCAUGUUCGCAAUGGGACUAAUGGAUCAACGUAUUCGGCCACUUGUUUACAUGGUUCGUCAGUGGUAUAAAAAUUUUGAAAUGGAUCGUUACAUCGGCCGAGAAAAUUUUACGAACUUUCAAUUGUCAUACAUGUGCUUAAGUUUUCUGCAGCAAUUAAAAGAGCCACUGAUUCCAACAUAUGAUGAAAUGAUGAAUCAAAUUACUGCACAUGAAUCGGACAAUGUUGUUGCGAACAUUUUAAAGAAACCGUUUAUCUUCAACUUUGAUCAUUUUCAUUUUGAGACAAAGAACACAAGCACUGUUUUAGAGCUUUUCAUUCAAUUUCUGGUAUUUGUUGAGACAUUUGACUUUAGCAAACACAUGGUUACAUUGAGAACAACGGCAAAAAUAAUGAAGCCGGAACCUGAACCAGCGUCAGAACAACAAGAAAAUCAACCUCAAACACCAAAAAAAAUUAUGCCUCUGACAUGCUAUAUGGAUAAUAUAUUUAAUUCGGAAAAUGCGUGGGGUGGCAAUAUCAGUGAUCCAGAAGUGUCAACGAUAAAGAUAAUGUCAAAGAAAACUUUAACAAUAUUAGAAGAAUGUACGGCUAAAUCCUCUGGCAAGGAUUGGGGAAUACUUCAGAUUAUUAAAACAUUAAAAUAAAUAUGUAACAAACAAUUAGUAAUAUAUUACUAUAGAAUAUAA